AUAAUAUAUUAAUUUACCACUUAUAGAGAAUUAUUUUAUUGUAAACUUUAACUUUGUAUUUACUACUUGAAUGUUUGUCCUUGUUUCAGUUUCUUUACAGAAGAAAAUUGAUUCCCUUUCCAAAGAUUUUAAACGCGAAACUGCAAAGAACAGAGCAAAAGUCCAAAAAAUACUUGCAAUUUUAAGAGAUAAAUUCCCGAAUGGUGGAAAUGAAGAAAUUUCUCAUGGUUUAAUGCCUGAGUUUCCCUUGGUAACCAUAGAAGAAUACAUUCAAUUUAAUGAUAUGUUGAAAAAUGAUGAACAAAUUCGUAAAUGCUUUGACAAGAGGAUAAAGAACAUUGGUGGACACACUGCUCAAAAAUGGUUUCAAAUAUACUCACAACUUGUAUAACAUUUGAGGUUGGCCAUAAAUUGUCUUGGAUGGGUGCAAAAAACACGUUAGCAAUCGAGAAUUCCUCUUUUGCUAAUACACUGGCGCAAAAAAAAACGAGACAAAAAUUUUGACCGAUUUUUAGGCAAUUUUCAAAGUAAUGCAAUUUUGCGAAAAA